UAUCAGUUGCAGAUUUAUAUACAAUCGUUCGCUUUCCUCCGAGUUAGUACGACCUGAACCAUUGCCGAGCGAUGAGUUUGAUUGGAGUUAUCACUGUUUUGUGCCUUGUGGCAAGCGGUAGUGGUCAAAGUAUAGAGGAUCCGGACGCGAUAGCGUGUCCCGGUGGAUACUGUACUCAGAAAAACCUGUGCCCAAACGCGAGCAUAGCUUUGUCCACCACCGAUACAGCAAACGCACAGGACAGCGGAUUGAUUACGUUGCGCCUUCAGGACACGGAUGAAUGCUUGGAUUACAUGAUGAUGUGUUGUACAACUUCGAAUGGACCUUUGCAACCCAUCAGCGAUGAGGAUGAGGAAAUCGAAGUUCCGGCUUCAUCCUACGCUCAGUGCGGUCAAUCGAACGAGCAAGGACUAGUGUACAAUUUUCAUCACAACGAUACUCUGGCACAGUACGGCGAGUUCCCGUGGAUGGUGGCCGUUCGACAACUCGAAAACAAGGAAACCAAAUUUGUGUGCGGUGGAACGUUAACGCAUCCGCGAAUCGUGAUAACGACGGCGCACAAUGUCGACGGCAAAGCGAACUUGAUUGCUCGGUUGGGUGAGUGGGAUGUUAGCACGAACAAGGAGCCCUACCCGUACAAGGAUGUGGCCGUUGAACGGAUAAUAACUCACCCGGGUUACCGGUACAAGCCGAUAUCGAACGAUAUUGCAUUGCUCGUGCUUGAAGAGAUUGUCGUCUACGAGCAGCACAUCCGGCCAGUUUGUCUACCGGCCCCUCAGGAUCGAUUCACCGGGAUACGCUGUUUCUCGAGCGGAUGGGGUGAAGUUGGUGGGAUCUACGCAAACAUAAUGAAGAAAAUUGAGCUCCCGAUCCUAUCGCGGGACAAGUGCUUGAGAUCGCUGCGUGCUGCAGGGCUGGGGCCAAAUUUCUCCCUCUCCAAAGACUUUUUGUGCGCUGGCGGCGAAGCAAACGUGGACAUGUGCAAAGGCGACGGAGGAUCGCCAUUGGUUUGCGCAACAGACGGUGGAUCGUUCGUGCUGGCUGGAAUCGUUUCAUGGGGCAUCGGUUGCGGUGGCCACAACAUCCCAGGCGUUUACGUUGCGGUCAGCAACUACGUAGAUUGGAUUGAGGAGACUGUUGAAAACAUUAGCAUGGAUUAGGAUGCACACCUGGGACCUGGUUGGUCCGUAAAUCUCGCUUAAUAAACGCUUCAAAACAUGGUUUUCCAUUAUUCUGGUGAUCACACGUCUAAAUAUUAUCAGUGUAGUUCCGGGAUUUCCCCGACCUUAUCUACUGCACGUUUUUUUCAUUCAAAGCGAGAGCUGGUCAAAAGCUUACCAGUUCCAUCGCCAAGUUUGACCAUCUUAAUUUCCGUUACAAUUUGUAUUGUUUUAUUGAUUCAAAAAUAAAUAUACUUCGAAAGGGUAAAAGAAUCGC